CCAAUCAGGAAAGAAAGAUAUCGAGAGAAGAUUCAGAUUAUUCAAAGAAGAGAGAUUCGGAGAGCUGUUUCAACUCACAAAGAUUACAAGACACAAACAAAAUCAAGGAAUUUUGGAUCAGGAGACAGCCCAGGAUAUGCCACUCAAUCCUUGCCUUGUUCGUUCUGUUAGAAAUAAGAUCAAGUCGGGCGAAAUCUCAAGAGCGGCAAGUCUAUUAACAAGCUCCGGAGUUGCUGAGGACUCGGAUGACACCCUAAGAAAGCUGGAAGCAAAACACCCAGAGCGUAGGUCCGUCUCAACUAACUUUCAGCCAUACUUUCCACACAGUUUACAACCUUUACAGAUACCAACUGAAACAUUCAUCAAGUCCUUACGAGAUUGCCCCAAUGGGUCCAGCUGUGGGAAUGAUGGGUGGAGGUUUGAGCACUUGAAAGUGUUACUGGAGUCAGAUCUAACCUGGACUUCUCUCUACAAUAUUUGCAACAUCAUCCUUGGCGGUCAUGUACCUGAUCCGAUAAUGAAGGCAUUAGCAGGAGCUAAAUUGAUUGCUCUCAAGAAAAACGAAGUAGACGUACGUCCUAUUGCAAUUGGCAACUGUAUUCGACGACUGGUGGCCAGAGCAGUGUGCUCUCAUUUGAAGAAGGAGAUGGCAGACUACCUUGCACCUCAUCAAUAUGGAGUGUCAACACCUGGAGGAGCUGAGGUUAUGUCUCACCUGAUUCAAUUGUGCUCACAACAAGAUGAAAACUCUGUCAUUUUGAAAGUUGAUGCAAAGAAUGCUUUCAACACCAUUAGUCGUGACAUCAUUCUGGAAGAGGUGGCAGUCCAUUUUCCACAAAUCUAUCCAUUUGUGGCAAAAUGCUAUGUCAACUCCACCCCACUGGUAGUGUCACUAAACGGCCAAGAUACUACUAUUCAAUCGGUGGAGGGUGUGCAGCAGGGUGACCCCCUUGGACCAUUUCUCUUCAGUCUUGCUCUGCACUCUGUCAUCUCGAAACUCUGCGUCAGGCACCCAACGGUUUUAAUUCCUUGUUACCUUGAUGAUGCCACAAUCAUUGGGCCCAAGCAAGAUGUCAUCUCUGCCUACCUUGAGAUGAAAGACCGACUAGUCAACAUCGGAUUAGAUUUGAGAGAAGAUAAAUGUGAGGCUUACAGUCCUUCAGGAAUAGCUGAUUGGGUUUUGUCCAUACCCAUAAGAGACGAAGGAUUGGAAAUACUGGGCACUCCAAUAGGAUCGGAUUCCUUUGUUAGGGAAAAGUGCAUAGAGACAGUAAAGUGUGAAAGAGACUUUCUAGCAAAGUUGCCUCUCUUGGAUGACAUGCAGUCUGGAUUACUACUUUUACGGUAUUGUGCAGUUCCCAAGAUUACUCAUCUUCUUCGAACUGUUCCACAUUCGUUGAUAGCUGAAGCUGCAGAACUGCAUGAUACCAUGAUAGUCAAGGCUUUCGAGAACAUCAUAGGAUGUGGUGCUCUCAAUGCUCUGGAAUGCUCACAACUUCGACUUGACAUUCAACAAGGAGGUUUUGGUCUUCGGUCUGCAAAGCAUUCUGCGUUUGAGGCUUUUCUUGGAGGUUGGUCCAACACUCUAGGUCAUCUCCCUCAUCGUGAUGGUCGUCUGAGUAGUUUGUGUGAUGGCCUCCUAAGAGAUCACGACAAAGAUCAGCCUCUAGUUCUCAGUGAAUUGACAAGUGCCCUGGCAAAUCUUCACCAGCAGUUCGACGAUACUCGAAAAGUGUUAUCAUGUAUAUCAAAACUUCCAGAUGCUCCAAAGAAACUUCAAGGAAAACUUCACCAAGCCAAGAAAGCUGUUGAGUUCACCCAGGUUUUACAACAAUGCACCAAUAGUUGUGAGCAAGCCCGAAUACAAGGUUGUGGUGGUCCAAAUUCUGGGGCUUGGCUGGAUGCGAUUCCGAGUACGCAUCAUUUUAUUCUCGGCAAUGACAACUUUGUCAACGCUGUUUGUCUGCGACUCGGUAAAGCCAUCCCGUGCUUGCAUUCUUUGGACCAGUGUGUUGCUCAGUGUGGUCAGCCCAUAGACAUUGAAGGAUACCAUGCCAUGACCUGUAAGUGGGGUGGAGGCCCAAUCAAACGACAUGACAGUGUACUCGACUGCUUUUACGACAUGUCCAAAUCUCUUGGAUUCCAUUGUCGCAAAGAGUUGACAGCGCAAUUCGAGAAUAAGCAACGUCCUGACAUCGCCAUAUACAAUUAUAAAGAUGGAAAAAAGCUUCUCUUAGAUGUAACCAUCACCCAUCCCUUGGCGAAGCGGUCAAUCAGUGCCAGUUGUAGCAAACCUGGUUUUGCAGCAGCCGAGAAGGAGAGAGAGAAAGAUAGCAAGUACCUUGUCAAGUCAACAAAUCUUGGGUAUUUGUUUCGUCCCAUUGCCCUAGAGGUAUACGGCCGUUGGGGAAACACAGCGGAGACGACACUAGAAGAACUAUCAAAGAAGUCCCCUCAAUCUACAGGCUUAAAUCCCAGCGAAUUCAAGCUACAUUGGAGAAGGAGAAUAGCGAUCAAUCUUCAAAGGGCCAACUCAUCAAUCAUCCAAAACAAGGUGUCUGCCAUCGUUGGAAAGUGUAUCGGAAAUCCUGAUGCUGCUUUUACGAUGUCAGCAAGAUACUUUGGUGGUGACUUUACGUAGUUAGCUGUGAGUUUGUGUAGGUGUGUUGUAGUGUUUAGUUUGUAUUAGUGAUAGUGAUGUACAAGUUUUCUUGCGAGUGACUGUCAGAUAAAGUGUGUUUACCAGUGAAAUUGAAUAAAGUGAGUGAGUGAGUGAGUGAGUGAG